AUGGAAAAAAGGGAUAAUGUGCAGCCUAUAGAAAAAUUGGCUUUGAUUGAAUUGGAAUCCAGGAUGAAUUCACACAAUUCUUUACCGUCAGAAUUUGAUGAAGUUCAAACUGCCAUUGAAAUGUUGGUAGAAGAAAAUGAAUUGGAAAUGCAAUUUAAAGUCAGGGAAGAAUUUGAUGACUGUUUUCAUAAAGUUAUCGCCAUUUGCAAGGAAGUUUUGGAAUUUGAUGAAGUUCAAACUGCCAUUGCAAUGUUGGUAGAAGAAAAUGAAUUGGAAAUGCAAUUUAAAGUCAGGGAAGAAUUUGAUGACUGUUUUCAUAAAGUUAUCGCCAUUUGCAAGGAAGUUUUGGGUAAGUUUGAUGUAAAUAUGGAUGAAAUUUUGGAUGACAGUGUGUCACAAAGGUCAGCUGGUCCUUCCAUACACAAUUCGAGAGCCACUAACCACAAUGCUAUAAUGUCACAGCCUAAAAUUCCAUCUAUCCCUAUUCCUAAAUUCAACGGAGUCAUAGACACUUGGUUGGAGUUUAGAGAUACGUUUAGGUCAUUGAUACAUGAGAAUGACUCGAUUGGUAAUAUUGAAAAAUUCCAUUUUCUUCGUGGUGCUUUGGAUGGAGAUGCUAGACAAAUUAACCAGCGUGAAAGCAGCCACGUCUUCCAGCCACAACUACGCUGA